AUGUACAUGAUUAAUAAUGGCAAGAUUGCUGAUGCAGAUAACUCUGUUGAAGCAUACACAUCAACUUACAUAAGUUACUUAACAAGGCUAUACAACAAGAUUAUUAUUCUAUUUGCACCAAAAGUUACAUGUGAUAAUAAUCAAAUUCCUAAUUCUAUAAUCGAAGCGGUUGCUCUGGAAGCACCAAAGAACAUUCUCAGAAAUGCUUUCCAAAUCAAAGAUGAAGUCAUUAUGAAUAUUUCUUUAAUCCCAUGGUCUAUUGCAUUGGGAAUCGCCGUGUCUUUAAAAAAGAAAGCGAAUUAUUUGUUGACAACUGGAAUUUGUGAUUCAACUGAACAUGAUUGUGGGUCCGAUCUGCAUAAUUAUAUUGCAGAAUCUUCGAAGAAGUGGUGGGUAGUAGAUAGAUUGGUAAACUAA